AUGGCUGAAGGGUCGAUCAAGUCGAGGAUUGCCGCGCUCAACCUCGAGGAGGUGCACACUCCUACACCGGGCGCCAAGCCGACCUACUCGUACGAUGCUUCGACUGCAAAGAAGAAGCCACCGCCGCCGCCGCCCAGCGCGCGCCCUCCCGCCUACUCGCGCCAGACAGUCAACAACCCGCCAGUCCUGAGCAAUGCGCCCACCUCCGCGCGACAACUCGGCAACCAGCCCAUAGUAGUGAACGAAUCCGAAAAACCAAAAGUCUCGCCCGCGCUGCCUCCUCGUCCGCCUCCGCGCAAUGCCAGCACGCCUCGCCAAACGCCAACACUGCCUCCGCGCAAGGCGUCUGAAUCGAGCGUGCGCAGGCGCGAGUCUUCUGAGUCAAUUUCCACAAUCGCGUCAGGCAUAUCAACGCUGUCAUUGGGUUCUGUGAAGACGAAUGGCUCAGGAUAUAGCAAUGGAAGUACAGGCACGGUAUAUCAGGUCAGGGCUCCGGCCUAUGACCCGUCAAAGCUGCCACCGCUGCCAGCCAAGAAAGCACCUGAGGACCCUAAACAGAGCAAGGCGACACUGAAUGCUAUGAAGAGCAAGAGGGAUUAUGUGCCUUCUCGGGAACUACCCCCUCAGCUCAAGACUCCCAACCUACCGGCAAGACCCUCUCUACCUCCUAGACAGUCCAUCGUUCGCGAGCGAUCACCUCAGCCUGUGCCAGCGCUGCCACAAAGGCAAUCCUCAAACGACACCUCUCGAACAAACAGAGUGAUCGCACCACCGCCACCGCGACGGUCAGCGUUGGACAUGGGCUUCAACAAUAAGGCCGCUACACCUCCACCUGUGCCUUCAACUCGCCCACCAGUAGUUACAUCUGAUUCAGCCCCGGCUCUUGGUGCACCACCACCUGUUCCCAUGUCGUCCAGACCGAACCUCAGCGCCAUCAUGGCUUCCAAACCGAAACCAGGUGCUGCUCCAUCAAGUUGCCUGAAGUGUCGGGACUUCUCAGGCCCAGACAAUCACGCUGCGCAGUUCCCUCGUACCCAACUUCCCAACUCAGACGUGGGCUGGCUUGCUCAUCAACUAUGCUCACAGUUUGCCUCACCUACAGACAAGGCUCGAGCGAUCUUCACCUGGCUUCAUCACAACGUCGACUACGAUACUCACUCGUUCUUCAAUAACACGGUUAUGCCUACUACACCCGAAAAGACAAUUGCAUCAGGUCUGGCAGUAUGCGAAGGGUAUGCCGGUCUGUUCGCUGCUCUGGCUCUGAAAGCUGGGUUGGAAGCUAUGGUAUGUUCCGGUGCGUGUAAGGGCUACGGUCACGCACCUUUGGAGCCUGGUCAACCUACACCACCUUAUGAAUCGACACAUGCCUGGAACGCUGUCAAGAUCGACAACGGAGAAUGGAAGCUUAUUGAUCCCUGUUGGGGAGCUGGACACCUAGGGUGUCGUAAUAAGGGCGAAGGAUACGUACGAGCCUUCGCUCCGCAGCAUUUUAUCAUGGACAACAACGAAUUCGGACUGAAGCACUACCCCGGAGAAGCCUCUCACCAGUUCCGCACCGACGGACGCAUCAUGUCAUACGAAGAGUUCAUGCGGCAUGACGAGGGCGGGCGCCUCUUUCUCUGCGGCAAUGGCAUGAAGCUCCACGGCUUCGGCGAGCAAACAUUUGAACCAUCACAAGCCAGAAUCAAAGUAAACGACCCCUACGCACCAGCAGUAGUCCGGUUCCAAAUGUCAUUCAUCUGCCCGCACUGGGAUCCCCAGAUCAACGGAAAGGGUCCGCCCUACAUUAUGCUCCUAAGCGUUGCCGGCAGAGACGGCCGGAAUCCAGACUACAAGCCGUUGAACACCGACGGGCGCACUUGGUGGCUCGACUUCCCGCGCAUGGACCUCGGUGCGCCGGGCCAGAAGAUUUCGAUUGUGGCCGUGACAGAAUUUAAUAAGAAGGACGCACGUGGGUUGAGCUUGGCUGCUUGGAACAAUAAGAGGGCAUACUCGUGCAUGUUUGGCAGUGUGGCCUCUUGGGUUGGGGUUACAACGGACUCGGGAUCACCGCUCCACCUCCAACACGUCCGAUCUACCGCAAACAUGGCGAGUGCUUUCGUCGGAUUGUCGGUCGCGGUCACGCUGCAGUCUCCCCCUGGUGCUGUCGUCGUGGGCGUGGUCAGCGCCGUGGACCAGCAGACAGCUACACUCGUUCUCCAAGAUGUCUUCUUCCCAAACUCGGGUCACCGUGUCGCUUCCUACACGGUAGAGGGACAAAUGAUUGCAGACAUUAAGGUCAAUCCGUCGGCGCCCGCUCCUCCCCAACCUCUGCCCACGCGAUCAGGGCCGCAGGCAUACUCACACUCGCAGUAUCCUCCGGGCCAUGCCCCGCGCCAGUCGCAGCAUAUGGGCCAACAAGUUCCGCAUCUUGUCAGCCAGCCGUCCGGGAUCCCGCCUGCAGGCGCGCCUGCCUACCAGAAUGCUCGUCAAGCGCCUCGCCAGACCGCUCCUCAGCCAGGUCAAGCCGCGCCAUUCGUCGAUCCUGCGAUUCUCAGUAUGGGAAAGCGCACUUCUACCGCCCCUAUUUUGGGUGGUCCCGUUUCCGCAACCCCUCAGGAAGCCCCUGCGACGCCCAUAAAGCCCGUGGCUGCUGCGAGCGCGGCGACUGUAUCGAAGAACACGUCCUCUUUCGCAAGCCAUGCGAAGCAACACAACGUCCGAAAGCCGAGUGCGGCGACUCUGGAAGGUCCAUUCUCGUCGCUGGAUAUUGCGGACGCUGAGGAGGCGGACAGUGAGGCGCGGACAGCACAGGUGAAUGCGCGAAGGGCAAGCAUCACCAAGACGAGGACCGGCAAGCCUAUGGAUGACCCCAGCCCGCAGAAGAACGACGACAAUGGCAAGAAGACUCGAAGAGGGGGCAAGUCUCGUAAGAAGGAACUUGCCGCUCAAGAGAGGAAGAACGGUGAUGUUGAGGCGGUCAAGAAAGGCAAAGGCAAUGGUUGGAGAAACACUCCCAUGCUGCAAGCCGCCGAACAGCCCCAAACGAGAACUCCUGGCGUCAUUGGCGGCAGAGUCGGUCUCGCAGCGGCGAACGCGUCGAAUCGCAAAACGAAACGGCAACAGGCGCUCGAAGCUACGAACGGCUGGGCUACAGAAGAUGCGACCGAUAUUCAGGACAUGCCUGAAUUUGACUUCCAGAGUAACCUCUCGAAGUUUGACAAGCGAACAGUGUUCAAUCAGAUUAGGAAUGAGGACACCACUGCAGACGAAGACCGUCUGGUCAGCUUCAAUCGCUUGGCAAGACCAGGUACACACGGCGGAAAGAACCUUCAUCCUACGGAAAACGUGCUGGAUCGGAAGCUGAAAAGCACGACCAACACAAGCUCUGAGGAGGAAGAGGAGGACUUUGGCAGCGGACGUAACUCUAGACGGGCAAUGUCCAGGGCUUCGGUUAAGAUGGCACCAACAAGGCAAGGCAGCGUACAGGCCGACAUGGAUAUGAUGGGCUCAGGCGUGUUGCCGCGGACUAAUCGCUCGUUCAUCAACCGACCCUACACGUCCUCACAUGCUACUGGUAGCCCUAGGCCAGGGCGGGUUGCUUCACCACCAGAUUCACCUCUCGAGUCUAGCGCUAAGGGCUGCUUACGACUGGUGUCUAACAACCGCAAGUGCUUCGCCAUCACUCCUGGUGCUAUGCUGGCCGUAGAGGAAACCGCGGAAGUAGACUUCGGCCUCAACGAAGAUAUUAUGGCAGAGAACUCAGGACGAGGUAUUGCAGAAGUUGCUCUGACUGCUAUAAAUCCCGGAGGCAUGCGUCUUUCGCGCGCCAAUCCAAACGCCAACCCCGUUAUCGUAGUCCUCGCAGGCAACCACCGCGGAGGCGCACGCGCAGUAGCAGCAGCACGGCACCUCGCCCAACGCGGGCCAAAAGUUAUGGUCGCCCUCCUCGGCUUCGAACGCAACGCAGACUGGGACAAGGACAUACGCCGCCAAGUCGAGCUCUUCCGCAAAUUCGGCGGCACCGUCCGCUCCUGGAACGCGACUGAAGAAGCUCUAAAGCGUCUUCAAGCACCACCGGAACUUAUUAUUGAUGCUCUGCUCGGCCGCCACAAAGAAUUUGAAGCCCUUGGCGACCAAGACCAACGCGUAGUUCUGAACAUCGUAGGCUGGGCCAACAAAUCGCGCGCCGCCUGCCUUGCUGUCGAAACACCAUCCGGCGUCGGCGGCUCUACGGGCGAAGUCUCCAUCUUGGAAGGCGAGCCCCUCGAAGUCCGCGCAAAGUACAUCGUUUGUCUCGGUGCGCCACGGACUGGUCUUGUCAAAGCCCUUCAAAACGGCUCCGGACGCGAUCCGCAGUGGCUCAUCUGGAUCGUGGAUAUCGGUGUUAAUCGUCCUUGGCGCAACGCUGGUAUCAGUGGCGGGAAGGGUAUCAAGUUCGGCGAGCAAUGGGUCGUUCAAGCGGUGUUUGAGGAGCCUGGUGGUAUACCGGGGGCUUAG